AGGAAGUGAGCAAGGCCAUGGCUAUGUGGAAGACAGCGGGAGCUCUACUGCUCAUACUACAUGCCGUGUUUGGGCAGAGCAGCAUCAGGUGGUGCACCAUCUCAGAUGCAGAGCAGAGGAAAUGUCACGCCAUGUCGCAGGCUUUCGCCCAAGUCUCCAUCCGUCCAUCCCUCACCUGCAUCAAAGGACUGACAGUGGAGGGCUGUGUUCAGAAACUACAGAAUAAAGAAGCAGACGCCUUGUCCAUGUUUGGCACCGACAUCUACAAGAUGGGAAAGACAGCUUCCUUUAAGAUGGCUGCCAGUGAAUCCAAAGCUGAUCGUACUGGUGCAUCCUACUAUGCAGUUGCUGUGGUGAGGAAAGCAAAUUCUGCCAUUAACAUCAACAACCUGGCGGGAAAGAAGAGCUGCCACACUGGGAAAGGCCGAACAGCCGGCUGGAAUAUGCCUUUGGGAUACUUCAUAGACCAGGGGUACAUGUCUGUGAUGGGCUGCAACAUCCCACAGGGUGUGGCAAAUUUCUUCAACGCGAGCUGUAUCCCUGGAGCAAAUGAGGCUGGUGACCCUGGGUCCUUGUGUCAGCUGUGCAAAGGAGACGGUACAGGAGCGCACAAAUGUGAGAAGAGCGAAAAAGAGAUGUACUACAGUUAUGAAGGAGCUUUCAGGUGUCUGGCCGAAGAUGCAGGAGAAGUGGCUUUCAUCAAACACACAACAGUUGAGGAGAACACAGAUGGUCAUGGUCCACUCUGGGCUCAGUCACUGAAGUCAGCUCACUUUGAGUUGCUGUGCCGUGACGGUACCAGAGCUCCUGUGUCUCAGUGGAAAACCUGCCAUCUAGUCCGAGUCCCAUUUCGAGGGAUUGCUGUUGGGAAUCACAUCACUCCCUCUGUAGUGUUAAACAUGCUAACAGAGGGCCUGGAAAAAUCCAGCUUCAACAUGUUUUCGUCAGUGGAAUAUGGAGGAGGAACUGUACUUUUCUCAGAUUCAUCUGCCAUGUUUAUGGGGGUGGAGUCAGAUGACCCAGUGAAGUGGAUGAAUCAUUUUUAUUACAGUGCUAUGAAAGCCAUGGACUGUAAAACUGAAGAUGCCCUGCGGUGGUGUGUGUUGUCCAGUGGUGAGCAGCAGAAGUGUGGCGACAUGGGCCACCACUUCCAAAGUAAAGGUCUGACUCCAGACGUCCGGUGUAUCUAUGGAGACUCUGUGACUGACUGCAUGGAGAAGAUCAAGAACAAAGAAGCUGAUGCCGUCACUCUGGAUGGAGGUUACAUCUACACAGCAGGCAAAGACUAUGGCUUGGUCCCAGCAACUGGCGAGAGCUACACAGACGACCGGGAUGGUUCCAUGUACUACGCAGUUGCUGUGGUGAAAAAGAGCAGCCUUGACAUCCGUAAUCUUGAUGACCUGCGUGGCCGCCGCUCCUGUCACACCGGGUUCGGUCGCACAGCUGGCUGGAACGUUCCUGUGUCGGCGCUGAUAGAGAGAGGCCUGAUUUCCCCCAAGCAAUGUCAGAUACCUCAAGCGGUGGGAGAAUUCUUCACACAGAGCUGUGUACCAGGUGCUAACCAGCCUGGUUUUCCCGGCAACCUCUGUGGUCUUUGUGUGGGAGACGUUACCGGAGACAACAAGUGUGAGAAGGGAAAAGACCUGUACGAUGGAUACGACGGCGCCUUCAGGUGUCUGGCAAAGGGAGAUGGAGACGUGGCUUUCAUUAAGCACUCGACUGUCUUCCAGAACACUGAUGGGAAUGGUGACUCAUGGGCCGUGGAUCUCCUGUCCAAAGACUUCCAGCUGCUGUGCGCUCAGGGCACUAAAGCCGAGGUGUCGCAGUACAGAUACUGUCACCUGGCCAGAGUCCCCUCCCACGCUGUGAUGGUUCGGUCCGACACCAACAUUCACGCUAUCUAUGGACUCCUUGACAACGCACAGAAAUAUUUUGGCAGUGAUACAGGUGCUGAUUUCAGGAUGUUUGACUCUCAGGCCUAUAGUGGCACAGAUUUAAUCUUCAAAGACUCCACUGUUCGCUUGGUGGCUGUUGGUGAAAGAAAGACCUACCAGGAGUGGCUUGGACAGGGCUACAUGGAGUCUCUGGUCGACAUGGAGUGUAACUCGUCAAGUGCAGUGAUGUCCUCCGUAUGGAUGCUGCUGAUGGCCCUGUUCAGCCUCAUGAUGACCAACCUCUGUAUCUAAAGCACAACAUUUUGGCACCCAAGAGUUUCUUCUUCUCCCUUAAUCACCCUGUCUCCUGCUUACUUUCCUCUUCUACCCACUUUGACCAUUUUGUCUGUUAUCCAAUCAAGACCCUCUCCUUUUUUCAAGUAUUUUGAUUUUUAAAACUGUCAUUUCACCUGAUUGUGUGUUAUAUUAAUACAUGGGAGGAUGGUGUGUUGUUGGAACUGCCUUUGGAUUCAAAUGUUGCUAGUGUGGAUGCAGAUGAAGCACAAUGUCUCCUGCUUUUCUGGCGGAGACUUUCACGCAGAGUGAAUCAGACGUGAUGACAGAUGUGGGUGUCGCUGCCACUUUGUUUACUGAAGGUGAGCUGCCAUAUCAGUGAGUAUGCUGCCACCUGUUACAUUGCUUUAGUGGACAGUACAUCCCUCCAUCAUCAUAGCUAGUUUACAAAGAACAGACAAACUGACUUUUCUAACCUCAAUGAAGCCACAAAUAACAUGAUUUGUUUCUAAUGUAAGUAACAACUUGGGGUCAAAUUAUACAUAUCAACUCCUUAGGUCAACUUUAAUGUCCUUUUUGUAGCACAAAAGUAACUAGAAAACCCAAAUCUUGAAGGUUUUUCUCUCAGAACAUUUAACAGUGUAUUGAUUCAUACUGACCCCAGAUCAGUUUCCUUCAUCUUUAAAGGCUUCAUGUGAGGUUUUAAGUCAGAUUGGUGUUCUGCUCUGCUGCCUCGAGUUCUGUGAGUACUACUAACAAACUCAGCCCUCUUUAAGUUUGGGUUGUGUUUCUAAGAUAAGCUUAUGCCAUAUCAGUGAAUAUGCACUAGUGUUACCUCCACACAGAGCUGUGCAGAGGAUGUUGUGAUGUUGAGUGAAGGAGUGUUUGUCCAUAGGCUGUCUGCUUCAUGUAUUCUCCCCAAAUACCUAAAACAAAAAAAAAAUGAAAUAAAUUUUUCCAAUGACUAACUUGAUGAUUGUGGAUGGGAAAUGGUUUAAUGUUUAAAGUUAGCAUGCCUACCCUUCUACCAUCAUUUUUCUCACAUCUUUUUAGCAUUUUAACUCAAACUUUUAGACAAUUGGAGUGAGUAACUCUGACGACAUGUCAGGUUCCAUCAGUUUUGGGGAGAUCAUAAAGAAAGCAUCCUGUGGUUUGUGCGGGAGUGAAUGGGUUUUUGUUUGUCUGGGAGGUUGAAGUAAGACGUGUGGAUUCACCAAAAUUUACAUAGUGGCCAUUUUCUUCUGAUAACUCUAAUGUUGAGAAACUUGUAUGCUGUUAAAAUGUUGUUCUGCUGUUUUGUAAACUCAAGGAAAUCUUAGAUAAUGUAAUAAGUUAAUUUCUUUGAGCUUGAUCAGCAACUUAAAAGACAUUUGAUAGAAUACAUUGAAAAGACAGCCAUACUUUAAGGUAAAACAACACAUUAGCUAACCAAUGAGCUACUGUUAGAUAACAGCUAGUGUUAGCUUUCAACCAAUCUACUUAUUUUCCACGUUUGCUAGUUAAUCGUUAAUUUACAGAACUGAUUCUGAAAUGUCAAGGCCUGACAUCUUAGACACAAUCAUUUUAGCCUGUCCUUUAUUUUUAUUUUUUAUUUUACUGUUUCAUGUAAAACUGUCCAACUGUAAUUUUAGCUAGGAAGUGGUUGGAUGCUACCAUUAGCUGUUGUCUUAUACUAGCAGCAGCUCGUCAAAUGUGUGGUUUUGAUUUGAAGUACUGCUCAUAGUUCCCUCAGAAUUUCACUAUCCAUCUAUCUCGUGUUUCAGAUCAGUGGUGGUGGAGCAUUUCCAAAUUGAUUUAAGCAAUAAUACUGCAUUACAACAGCAGCAGUGAAUUUGUAAGUAAUGCAGCUUUUCAAAGUAAAAAAAGGCUGUUUUACUUGUGUUUUGAUGGAUUAACAGAGACUUAAAACUGCCUCCUGUUUGGAUUUGAAAGGGAUUUUGCUUUGUGUCAAGCAAGAUUUUCAAAGAUUUGAAGUUGAGAGAAACAUCAGAGGAUUGGUUAAAGAAAUAUCUGCUCUCUUGAACUCUAUCCCAAACAACUCACUCCAAAAAUUUAACCAAGCUAACCAAUUCUCAUCAUAUCUACUGUACGUCCUGCUGCUUUCCUGUUAAAAAUGUUGAUUUGGAUGUGUAUUUUCCUAUGUUGAGAGAUUUAUUUUUAUAUGAAGUUCAGAUGCCAUAUCAGUGUAUAUGUACUGACUCAUGCUGUCAGAAACAAUGCCUUCUCUUUCCUCCUGAUAGAGAUUUAUUUCUUUGUGAAAUGAUUUAUCAUGUAACUAAUAUUUAGUUGCCAGGCCAGUGUGUCUGCACAAGUAUUGCUACAUAAAGCCGCCGACUUGAGCUGUUUUCUGUACUCAUUCAAAUAAAGUGAAGCUACUGCAGAUUG